AUGGGUCACGACCCCAGCUCCCAACCUCCGAAUGGAUUCGGUCCUACAGUGCUCCGAAAGGCUCUACUGAAGACUAUUGCGCUGAUCAACGAGCUCAUUGACGAAAUUCCGGAGAGCACAAUCCAGUCGGAGAAUGUGGACACCCGAAGUUUGCUCAACUUUGCCGUUACCGACGGCAAGAGCAUCAUCUGCACUCGAUAUAUAAGCAGUGCAACAGAUGAGGCAGCCAGUCUGUACUACUCAUCAGGCACCGAAUGGGGAACGCGAACCUCGGCUGUUAAUGAUCGAAACUACCAGAUGGAGCGCCGAGACAAAGGUGCCGACAUCGUUCUGGUUGCGAGUGAGCCGUUGACGUUCGAGAGAGGUAUACUUCAGACUACUAGAAGCUCAAAGGAAUCAACUGACAUUGCAGCAGAAAAUUGGGUGAACGUUCCGACCAACUCCAUUCUGACUAUCCACAACCAAACUGUCAUGGUUCAUCCGAUCAUUGACAAGUACUACGACCGAAGCCCAUACCACGUCAGGUCCAGCGCGUUUGUUCAGACGAAGGGUUUGAUUGCGAAUGAGAAGAUUUCGUCUCUUCUUAGCCCAGCCGCGACCCCCCUGCCAACUCCCGAGGCUUCCAAGAAGACUUUGGGACCAAUAAUUCCAUUCGGUGUUUCUCGUAGCCACACACCCGAUCAAUCCUUCGCCGUUAAGUCGAGGCCACCCAGUACACUUCACGAAGUGUCAACACCAGCCGAUUCAAGAUCAAUUGUGACCAUAUCGAGCGGGCAGACCAGCACAUCCCGCCCCCUUGUGCAAGGCAACAUAAAGGUCAAGAGAGCUGCACCAGAAGUACAGCCCAAUAUUGACAGCGACACGGAUUCGUUAGCACCCGACGACCAGAACCACAGCAGGACUGAGUUCGGCCAUCCUAACAAGUUGUCGAGAUUCUUUCCCGAAUUGACUAUGAGCUAA